GAGGCGGCUACGUCCCUGGCCGGGCCGUUGAAAGGUGCGCGCGCUCCCAGUGGCAGCCGUUAAAGCCGUUACUCUGCACGCGCGGGGGGAACAACUGCGCGCGGGCGAGAAGGGCUGCCUGAGAAGUGAGACCGGGAUGGGGGGAUGGGCAGGCGCGAGCCUCCCAAGCCAGGAGCCGCGUCCCACCCCAGCGGCGCGAACCCAGCACCCGCCACCCUUCUUCGUCACGUGCCUGCCCCCGCAUCCUUCUCCCCUGCCCACUGCUGCGCAGGCCAGUGCGGGGCGGUAGCGGGCGCUUCGCUGCCGCAGGGGCAGGGAGCGGAGCGGGAUCCCAGCAGCAGCUGAAAAUCCAACCAGCCACUCCCCCUGAGCCCUGCAAGCAGAAACAUCCUUCCAGAAUGACAGAGAACCAACCACACAGCAGUAUUCAGAUAUCAGAACCAAGUACCAAUGGCUUCCCCUGGAGAAAACUGUCCUCUAUAGAAAAGCCAAAGUUUCCUGCAGAAGCCACUGUGACCUUUCACAACAUCUGCUACAGAGUGAAAGUGAAGAGUGGCUUUUUAUAUUGUCAAAAAGCCGUUCCUAAACAAAUUUUGAAAGAUAUCAAUGGGAUUAUGAGACCCGGUCUUAACGCAAUUUUGGGACCCACUGGCAGUGGCAAAUCUUCGCUAUUAGAUAUCUUAGCUGCAAGGAAAGAUCCUCACGGGCUCUCUGGAGAGAUUUUGAUAAAUGGAGCUCCUCGGCCUGCCAAUUUUAAAUGCAUCUCUGGAUAUGUGGUACAGAAUGAUGUGGUUAUGGGGACACUGACAGUGAGAGAAAAUUUUGAGUUCUCAGCUGCACUUCGAUUGCCAAGUACCGUAUCUGAACAGGAAAAGAAGGAACGGGUGAACCAAAUCAUCAGGGAACUGGGUUUGGCCAAAGUGGCAGAUUCCAAGGUUGGCACCCAGUUUAUUCGUGGUGUAUCUGGGGGAGAGAGAAAAAGAACCAAUAUUGGAAUGGAACUCAUUACUGACCCUGCAGUCUUGUUCUUAGAUGAACCAACUACUGGAUUAGAUGCCAGCACUGCCAAUGCUGUCUUGCUGCUCCUGAAAAGGAUGUCAAGUCAGGGGAAAACAAUAAUCUUUUCACUUCAUCAGCCCCGGUACUCCAUAUUCAGAUUGUUUGAUAGCCUGAUGUUACUGGCUGCAGGAAGCCUGUUGUACCAUGGCCCUGCUCGGAAUGCUCUGCAGUACUUCAAAUCUAUUGGUUAUGAAUGUGAGCCAUAUAACAAUCCUGCUGAUUUUUUUCUGGAUAUCAUUAAUGGAGACUCAACUGCUGUGAAUCUGAGCAAAUCAGAAUUUGUCAGUCAAUACAAUUUAUCAGAAACCAUUGAAGAGGACAGAGGUGAUAAGACUAUUGCUGAGAAAUUAGCGGAGUUGUUUUCCAGUUCCUCUUACUACAAAGAAACAAAAACAGAAUUAGAGAAGCUGUCUUUGAAAAAUAAAAGGAAGAUGAGUGCAGAUUUCCAGAAAAUCACAUAUAGCACUUCCUUCUUUCACCAGCUCAAGUGGGUGUCCAGACGCACAUUUAAAAACUUGAUAUAUAACCCACAAAGUUCCAUGGCCCAGCUGUGUAUUACAACUGGUCUGGGAAUAGUUGUAGGAGCCAUUUUCUCUGGAAUAAAAAAUGAUUCCAGUGGCAUUCAGAACAGAGUUGGUGCUUUAUUCUUUUUGACCACCAAUCAGUGUUUGAGCAGUGUUACAACUAUUGAACUUUUUGUCACAGAAAAAAAGAUAUUUAUACAUGAAUAUAUCAGUGGUUACUACAGAGUAUCUGCAUAUUUUUUCUCAAAGAUAAUAGCUGAUUUAAUACCCAUGAGGACUUUACCAAGCAUCAUCUUCACCUGUAUAAAUUAUUUCUUAAUAGGUUUCAAGCCAACAAUUGGGGCCUUCUUUAUCCUGAUGGUUACCCUUAUACUGGUUGCCUACACAGCCAGUUCUAUGGCUCUGGCUAUAGCAACGGGACAAGAUGUUGUGGCUGUCGCUAAUCUCCUCAUAAAUAUUUGCUUUGUUUUUAUGAUUAUUUUCUCUGGCUUGCUGGUAAAUCUCACAAGCAUCGAAUCUUGGCUUUUCUGGCUGAACUAUUUCAGCAUCCCUCGCUAUGGCCUGACUGCUUUGCAAAUUAAUGAAUUUACAGGUCUAAGCUUUUGCCAGAAUGCCAAUGUGACUGGGGUCAAUGUAAGUUGCAUAACUUCUAGUCCAUUUACAAUCUGCACUGGAGAAGAAUAUUUGAAAAUGCAAGGCAUUGAAGUGUCUGCUUGGGGCAUGUGGAGGAAUUAUGUGGCUCUUCUAUGCAUGACACUAAUCUUCUUUACAAUUGCAUAUUUGAAACUGCGCUUCCUGAAGAAGUUCUCUUAAUUCAGCUGAGUUAACAAGCAUCUAGUGUAGCACAACGCAAUGCAGUUUUGAUAGUGAAUGGACUAAAAAUGUUUUAACAUUUUCAAAGAUUACAUUAAAGAUUUUGAUAACUGUGUUCAAAGAUUACAUUAAAGAUUUUGAUAACCGUGUUCAGUUUUUACUAAUACUGCUUGCUACCGAGGUACAUCUAUUACAAAGGUCUCACGCACAUGAAGACAGCAGAGGAUUGUUGACAGCGUACAAUUUAGGCCUGGGAUUUCCAGGGACCAAGGAAUGCUGUAGAAACCUCAGAUCAGCAGUCAGGGAGAUGUAAACAGAGAAGCAUCUUUGACAUCCUAAGGUGCCAAAGGCUUAGUCUGCAUUAUUGAUAGUGGCAGACAGCUAGCUCAAGAAAGCACUUGAAAAAAAUAAUCUAAACAUGUUCACCUAGAAAUAUAUAGUUUAAAAAACUAUAUAAAGUGAAGUUGGAUGAGAAUUUAGUUUUCUUAUCUAAUGCAGAUGCUUCUCUUUAGUACAGAAGGGCAGGGCAGUAAGUGAAACUGACUAGGCCUUCAAUUUCCUUUGGGUUCUACCAAACAGGAGGUUCUGCAGCUAUAUUUUUUUAAAUUUUAAAACAGCACAGGGGAAUUGGAAGAAGGGGGAAGAGAAAAGCAACAUGUCAA